AUGGAGAGCACCGAAAUCCCUUCACCUCAUGACCCAACACCGCAAAGUCAAGAAGACCUCUGUCAUCAUGGGGAAGAAAACGAUACAAGGCAAUCGCUUCAAAUAGAAGAGACUCCACCGGCCGAUGAGACGGACGCUGCGUACCAGCGACCCGAUGCGACAAACACUCGGAUUUCAUUUCAGGAAGAAGAGGAAAAGUUCAUACCGCUGGAAGAGACUCCUUCAGGUUAUCCGGAGCUAGACUGGAAACCACUCGUCCUACAAAACUGGUGUCUUUUUUUGGCCACCGCUUUUUUUGGGGCAUGCAUGACCGGACUGGUAAUUAUCGUCUGUUUAAACAAUAUCGCACCCGAAAUGCUGCACGUUGCCCAGACCUCUAGCCGGCUCGCCUUUCGCUACGUGCCCGCAGCCGCAGGCACCGUCACGACAGUGUGGUGGGGGUCCGUGGCUCGAUCCUACCUCCGCCUCAUCCCAUACAUCACCAUGGCAUCUGCAUCGACUGGCCUUAGUGGCCGAGCGCCGCAAGGCCUACUCACCUUGCGCUCUGUGAGCAAUCUAUUGGCUUUUUUCCCAACACCAGCCGCUUUGGCCCGUCUCAUCAAGGAACGCCAUAUCCUCACCAUGGUCACUUUCUCAACGUCGUUUCUGGUGAUCCCUUUUCUCACGCCGCUGAAAAACGCCCUGUUCCAAACCACGCAAGACCCCGCGGGAUGGUCAAUCACCGUUUCAAAUAAAGUCGCCUAUAUUGCUAUCACGGUAUACAGUCUGCUAAUGGGAACCACCAUCAGCAUACUGGUGCGGCUGUGGUCGGUGCGCACAGGUUUGAAGUGGGAGGCUAGCUCAAUUGCCUCUCAAUUGGCGCUCGUGCAGGGUUCCAACAUUUACGAACCUUUCUAUGGACUGGAAUUUGAGGACCCUAGUCACCUCUACAGAAUUGCGGGAUCCUGGCAUGUGGAGUAUGGCGUGCUGCGUCUCGGCUACUGGAUGGUUCUCCGCAACGGAGAAGAGACGAUAUGGCAUGGUGUCAGAUUCUACAAACCAGAAGUCGUUGAACAACCUCCAACUCCACGAGACGAAGCUGAAACCCCAACCUUGGAACAGCGAGGGACACACGAGGAAGGAGGAAGUGCAUCACCAUUUCUGGGGGACUACAAUGUCACGUUCUCCCGUAACAUCGAUGAAGCGCCACUUCACGCCGAUGGAUACUACGUUGACCACCCAGAGCGCUUUCGCUAUAGAACCGUCUACUUAAAUCACAUCGAUAGUGUACUGGCAUUGAUACUCGCCAUUGGGUUGGCUUUUGUCGUCAUCUGUAUUUUCGGCAUGUCUCGAGGCAUCAUUCAAGAUGGGUUUACUUUCACACCCCCAGCCCCCAUGGCCGGCAUUGCACUGGUGCGAGAAAUCCUCUUCGCCUUCCUGCCUUCCGUACUUUUCAGUUUAUUCUCCAUGGAAAUGUAUGCCUCGUCCUAUUUCUACCGCUGCCUACAACCUAUAGCCAGCAUGGAGACCCCUGUCCCAGCCGAGGAGAGCGUGUUACUCGACUAUAUUGGUCCAAACGCAGCCAGUGUCACCCUAACAGCCACACUGAACAAACAUUGGCGCGUGGCAUGGUUUACCCUUCUCGCCACCCUAUCCAGCCUUCCGCCGAUCCUCAUCGCAGGCACAUUUACAGCCAAGGAAGCGCCCGGUGGCUGGCAUAUGACCGUCGCCCCAGCCAGCUUUUACACGCUAUUUGCCGUGCUGGUCGUCUACUGCAUCUCCCUCGUUUUCUCUAGACCGCCACCGGAGUAUCGCACCCUCAUCAUUAUCCCCACUCUAGCGGAGCUCUUGACCCUCUGCUAUGAUAGUCAUAUAAUGAACAGCAACGAGUUCUAUGCCCAGGACCCGUCGGACCGUGAAAUCCACCUUGUCUCGAAAGUGCAUCUUGCGAAGCGCAAAUAUCAUUUCGGCCUCUAUUUGGGCCGAGAUGGGAGACGGCAUCUGGGGUUUGAUGCAACGAGUGAAAAGGCGAUCGAGAAUGGUGUGUCCCCGGUAUAUGGGAUUCGGCCUGGGAGGGCUAUAUACCUUUCAGGCAAGCCAAUCUGGUUUCGAUAUCCGAAUGUGUCAUAUUCAGAUGGAGAAUAG